ACGAUAGCUAUGGCAACCAAAUUCCUCCCAUCAGCUCCAAAUUUGGUCAAAACUCCUCGAUUAGCGACACAAUGCCUCCGCCAAAUUUCGAAACGGGCGGCACCAGUCAUGUCGCAGCGACGCUACAUCUCUGCCUAUGGCUAUGAACAGGCUAGAGCUCUUACAUUCUCCGAUUAUGGCGAGCCUCCAUCUGUUCUAUCGUUACACACGCACUCCAUAUCGCCACCGCAUGGUGCCCUCAUGACCCUUCGCUUUCUCGCAUCUCCCAUUAAUCCGGCCGACAUCAACCAGAUCCAAGGCGUUUAUCCUUCGAAACCAACAUUUACCACAUCGCUCAGCACCGCCAACCCCAUCGCUGUUGCCGGGAAUGAAGGCGUUGCAGAGAUAAUAAGUCUUGGAGAAGAGGUGAAGAAGGGAGGAUUUAAAAAGGGCGAUUGGGUGUAUAUGAAAGCACCGGGAUUCGGGACAUGGAGAACACAUGCUUCAGCAACCGUAGACCAGGUGGUGAAAUUGGACGAGCAAAUGCGCGAAGGUAUCACAGCUAUCCAGGCAGGAACGGUCAGCAUCAACCCAUGUACGGCCUACCAGAUGCUGAAGGGUUUCGCGGAGCUGAAAGAAGGGGACUGGUUUAUACAAAAUGGCGCAAAUUCGGGUGUUGGACGCGCGGCGAUACAGCUAGGGAAAAAAUGGGGCUACAAGAGCAUCAACGUCAUUCGGAGUCGCGAGGACAAAGCUGCGGAGGAGAAGCUCAAACAGAGCUUGAAGGAUAUUGGUGCUGAUGUCGUCAUCACAGACGCAGAGCUCCAAUCGCAGGGUAUCAGAGACUUGAGUAAGGAGUGGACUAAUGGCGGCCGCGAAUCUAUCCGCCUGGCAAUGAACUGCGUCAACGGAAAAGCCGCAACCGCCAUGGCGAAAUUGUUGGCUUCGAAUGCGCACUUCGUCACGUACGGUGCCAUGUCGAAGCAACCUUUGACCAUUCCCGCGUCGAUGCUAAUUUUCAAGGACAUCCAUUUCCAUGGUUUCUGGGUGAGCAAGUGGGCAGAGCAGCACCCGCAAGAUAAGAAGAGCGCUGUCGCUGACGUGCUGGAAAUGACGCGAAAGGGCGAGUUCAAAGACAUGCCUUUCGAUGAGAUCAAAUGGGAGUGGGAAACUAAGGGUGAGGAACUCAUCAACAAGGUUAAAGACACCCUCGAAGGGUAUCGGGAGGGCAAAGGGGUAUUUGUGUUUGGCAAGACAUAA